AUGAAACCAAAUGCAAAUGACAUGUUGGGGGCACAAAGGGAAAGAAAGUUUCAGGGUCAAGGGCCAAACUGGAUUCUCAUAGCAGGUGGUGCUUUAUUAAGUACAAUAUCAGUUCGUCUUGGCUACAGGCUCAAACAGGCCCUGGACUCCAAGCAGCCUCAAAAUACCAGAAAUGGGUUAAAAGAGAAUGGGAAAUUUACAGGCAGAAAGAGGUCAAACUGUCGUUCACAUUCACAUUCAAACUUGUAUUGUUUUGAACAGGAUGAUGGUUGCUUCAAUUGCAAUUCUGGAACCGAAAAUGAGGCAGAGGUAAAACCACAACACAAUGGCCAAUUACAUACAGACCCUCCAAUGGCACUCCCAUUAGUAACAGUCUCAGCUCCCUUAUACACCAAAGAAAACGGCGUAAUGUGGGCGUCAUCACCCGACAGACUGGAAUUACCAAAGCCAUUCCACCACUCAAACAGCUCCGAUUCCCCCUGCGUGUCGGAAUCCGGUUCCGACAUCUUCAGCAAACGGGACGUAAUCCAAAAACUACGACAACAGUUGAAACGGCGCGACGAUAUGAUACUUGAAAUGCAAGACCAGAUUGCGGAACUCCGGAAUUCGUUAAGCUCCCAGCAUUCCCAUUCCGCCCAUCUCCAAUCGCAACUGGAAUCGGCAAACAGGGAGUUGUUUGAAUCGGAGAGGGAAAUCCAGAGGCUGAGGAAAGCGAUUGCGGAUAUUUGCGUGGGGAAUCAGAACGGGUAUUUGGAGGUUGAGAGCGGAAUGGAAUCGGAGAAAGUGGAGAUGUUGAAAAGGGAAGUGGGGGAGUUGAAGGAGUUGAUUGAAGGGAAGGAUUAUUUGCUUCAGAAUUAUAAAGAACAGAAGUCUGAACUUUCAGUGAAGGUCAAAGAGUUGCAACACAGGGUUUAUGAUUUUGUGUGCAUACGUAGAAGAAAACCAUGGCUGAUUAUGGAUUCAUGGAAAAUCUUAGGAGAUCAAAAAUGAGGUGGAAAUACAGUUAAUGUUUUCAUGUUAUAUUUUUUGUUUUAUGGUG